UGCACCCAGAGUGGCCCUGGGCAGCCCCGGGUGCGCCUAGAGGGUAAUGAUGCUCUCAUCCAAGUGCUUGAGGAGAUGCCGCGAUUGCUGCCUCUCUGGUUUCAGAUUUGCCUCAUAUGUCUCCUCCUGGCGCUUUCGGGCAUGUUCAGCGGCCUCAACCUAGGCCUCAUGGCUCUGGACCCCAUGGAGCUGCGCAUUGUGCAGAACUGUGGCACAGAGACAGAGAAGCGCUAUGCCCGCAAAAUCGAGCCCAUCCGCCGGAAGGGCAACUACCUGCUCUGUUCCCUCCUCCUGGGGAACGUUUUGGUCAACACCACUCUCACCAUCCUGCUGGAUGACCUCAUUGGCUCUGGGCUGGGGGCUGUCGUUGCUUCCACCUCGGGCAUUGUCAUCUUUGGGGAGAUUGUCCCGCAGGCCAUGUGCUCCCGUCACGGCUUGGCAGUGGGUGCCAACACCAUCGUUCUCACCAAAUUCUUCAUGCUGUUGACUUUCCCCCUCUCCUUCCCUAUCAGCAAGAUGUUGGACUGGGUGCUCGGCCAGGAGAUUGGCACUGUGUACAAUCGGGAGAAGUUGGUGGAGAUGCUGAAGAUAACAGAGCCUUACAAUGACCUGGUGAAGGAGGAGCUAAAUAUGAUCCAGGGGGCUCUGGAGCUCAGGACUAAGACAGUAGAGGAUGUAAUGACCCCACUCCAUGACUGUUUCAUGAUCCACAGUGAUGGCAUAUUGGAUUUCAAUACAAUGUCAGAGAUCAUGGAGAGUGGCUAUACCCGCAUCCCUGUCUAUGAGGAGGAGCGGUCCAACAUUGUGGAUAUACUUUAUGUGAAAGAUCUAGCUUUUGUAGAUCCUGAUGACUGUACCACCCUCAAAACGAUCACAAAGUUCUACAAUCACCCAGUCCAUUUUGUCUUCCACGAUACCAAGCUGGAUGCCAUGCUGGAGGAAUUCAAAAAGGGAAAAUCGCAUCUGGCCAUUGUCCAGAAAGUGAACAACGAAGGCGAAGGUGACCCCUUCUAUGAGGUGCUGGGCCUGGUGACCCUGGAGGAUGUCAUUGAGGAGAUAAUCAAGUCGGAGAUCCUGGAUGAGUCGGAUCUGUACACUGACAACCGCAGCAAGAAGCGAGUGAACAAUCAGAAAAACAAGAGGGACUUCUCUGCUUUCAAAGAUAAUGACACAGAGUCCAAGGUGAAGAUCUCCCCUCAGCUUCUCCUGGCUGCUCACCGGUUUCUUUCAACAGAGGUGAACCAGUUCACCCCCGGCUUCAUUUCUGAGAAGAUCCUGCUUCGCCUGCUCAGACACCGUGACGUCAUCCAGGAUCUGAAGUUUGAUGAGGAGAACAAGAAGGCACCUCAGCACUUCCUCUUCACCAGAAACAAGCCGGCCGACUAUUUCAUCCUCAUCCUGCAGGGUAAAGUGGAAGUGGAGGCUGGCAAGGAGAACAUGAAGUUUGAAACAGGUCCCUUCUCCUAUUACGGGGUGAUGGCCUUGAACCCAGCUGUUACAACAAUUUCAGAGGUGCGCUCCCCUUCUCACAUGAGUAACCUGAAUCGCUCGACAUCAUUGUGCUAUCAUGAGCGCUCCGAUUCCAUCUCCUCCACCUUCAGCGGCAGCAACAACCAGAUCAGUUCCAGCGCCAACACCCAGUAUCUCUCAGACUUCAGUGUUCGAGCCCUUAUGGACCUGCAGUAUAUCAAGAUCACACGCCUUCAGUACCAAAACGGCCUCAUGGCUUCCCGCUUGGAGAGCUGCCCCCAGUCUCCUGAUGGCAGCCCCCCCCAAUUGGACACCACCUUGCCCGCAAAGGAAACCCCAACGCCCAACGAAGUGAUUAGCCUCUUGAAUGAGAAGAACUGCCAGCAUUCCAAGACGAACCACAGCUCUCCGGAUGAAGUUGUCUGACCUCGGCCCUUUGGCGACCGGGUUUUGGCCAGCUCGCCCCAGUCCUUCCCUUCCAAAGACAGCAAAGUGGGGAGGGUGGGGGAAACACCCCAGUGCCCACGAGAGGAUUUUGAUCAUGGAACUACAAAUGUCAGGUAGUGGAUGUAGCCAGGGAGAAAGGAAGGCAAUUCCCCUGCAAAUCUCAAUGGCUUUUCUCUCGAAGGCACACACCCCUCCAUUUUCUAGGCAGGAACGGGCUUGAUAGGAUAAGUACAGGCCAACUAGGAAAGGAAACUGCACAGUUGCCAAUGAGAAGAAUUAACAGGUUUUGGAUGCUAAAGGGAAUCCUGGCUUCUGGAGCACCAGAACCUGCAUGACCCAGUCUGAUCCAGUUUCACCCUGGCUCAUGUUUGCCAAGUGAAGUUUCAGCGAGCGGAGGAUUUCUAAAGGGAGCUUGCUUGCUGCUGGUUUUUUUUUUUCUAUGCUGGCUUUUUAUUUAAACAGACAAAAACAGAAAUAAGGCGAUCUCGUGGCUAGGCAGGCUCAGAAGGCAGCUAUCCAGUUCCAGAGUUGGUCCAUUUCUGGUUCCCUCUUCCACAGAGCACUCAUGGGGGGAGGGGGUUGUUCCCUGUCUCUGUUUUAAUAGCGAACAGGUACAGAGGCUGCACAGACAGACCUUGCCAGCCGGAGACGAGAGCCGUGACUGUGGGCUACCACGACACAAGCAGAAGUCUGCUGACAGGCAGGAAUCGUCUGCCCAUCUCAGGGAGUUCUGAUUCUUGUAUGUCGUUUGGGAUUACGAUCUUCUUCUUCUUCUCUCUUUUUUGUUCAGUUUUGUUUUGUUUGUGGGCAUCAUGUUGGAGAGACGUUGUGCAGGGGUUUGAAGAUGGCUGAAAGUCCAUCCCCCUCACCUGCCUUCAUCGAGAGCACUGUUGCUGGCGAGUGUUAUUUCUCAGCACACACUCAGUUCCAGGCUAGAAUCAUCACAAGGAAUCAUAACAAAGCUGGUCCAGAUGAGCAGCAGGGGAGUGACUGAAUUCUGAGGUGGCUGAGUGUACGGUUCCAGUUGUCCCUGCAUGUUUUUGAACACACCACUGUAAAAAAAAAGCUCCUGGCACAUAGAAAACUAGCACAGCAGGGAGUGGCCUGGGUGGAAACCUUUCCCCUGAUAGGUACUUUUCUAUAUGCAGGGAGGAUUUUUUAAGUGUGGAAGCAUUUUUAAAAAUAUGGCCGAUAGAAGCAGUCUAUAAUGUUGC